CUGUCACACAGGAGCAGAGUAGCAGCCUCCAAACAGCUCAUCAUUUACGCCAAAGCGCGUUUAUUUUUACGCUUCAUUUAUCUAUACUGACAUCUCCAGAUUUUGCUACACAGUGUUGCACGUUGUCUGUCAAAAUAGUCCUCAUCCUCCUUGAUUAUCCGCCAGCAGUUUAUCGGAAAUUACCAAGGAGUUGUGACUCCCGAGCGCAAGGCUUGCAUCGUGGCUCUUUCAGAAGUGGCAUGUCCGAGGGAUACUGCGGACACAAAUGAACUCCUGCUUUCACCCAAAGAGGAUUCAAUGAAAAUGUCUGUGUGCGUCCAUGAGAACCGGAAAUCCCGAGCCAGCACCGGCUCGAUGAACAUCUACCUGUUCCACAAGUCCUCCUAUGCGGACAGUGUGCUGAUGCACCUCAACUCUCUGCGGCAGCAACGGCUCUUCACAGAUGUCCUGCUUCAUGCGGGGAGUCGCUCCUUCCCAUGCCACCGCGCCGUGCUGGCCGCCUGCAGCCGCUAUUUUGAGGCCAUGUUCAGCGGCGGGCUGAGGGAGAGUCAGGCCAGCGAGGUCGACUUCCGUGACUCCCUGCACCCAGAGGUGUUAGAGCUCCUGCUGGAUUACGCCUACUCAUCACGUGUGGUCAUCAAUGAGGAAAACGCAGAGUCACUACUGGAGGCUGGGGACAUGCUGGAGUUUCAGGACAUCCGGGAUGCCUGCGCUGAAUUCCUGGAGAGAAACCUGCAUCCGUCUAACUGCCUUGGCAUGCUGUUGCUGUCUGACGCUCACCAGUGCACCAAGCUGUCGGAGCUCUCCUGGGGAAUGUGCCUCAGCAACUUUCCCGCUAUUUGCAAGACAGAGGACUUCCUCCAACUGCCCAAAGAUAUGGUGGUGCAGCUUUUGUCACAUGAGGAGCUAGAGACAGAAGAUGAGAGACUGGUUUAUGAGGCUGCCCUUAACUGGAUCAACUAUGACCUGGAAAAGAGGCACUGCCACCUUCCAGAGCUCCUGAGAACGGUCCGCCUGGCCUUGCUGCCCGCCAUCUUUCUCAUGGAGAACGUUUCUACAGAAGAGCUGAUCAACGCCCAGCCCAAGAGCAAAGAGCUGGUGGAUGAAGCUAUCCGCUGUAAGCUGAAGAUCCUGCAGAACGAUGGUGUUGUUAACAGCCCUUGUGCCCGACCAAGAAAGACCAGCCAUGCCCUCUUUCUCCUGGGAGGGCAGACAUUCAUGUGUGACAAGUUGUACCUGGUGGACCAGAAAGCCAAAGAGAUCAUCCCCAAGGCUGACAUCCCCAGCCCCAGGAAGGAGUUCAGCGCCUGCGCCAUCGGUUGUAAGGUGUACAUCACGGGUGGGAGAGGUUCAGAGAAUGGUGUAUCCAAAGAUGUGUGGGUCUAUGACACCGUCCAAGAGGAAUGGUCGAAGGCGGCACCCAUGCUCAUUGCCAGGUUUGGCCAUGGCUCUGCGGAGCUGAAACACUGCCUGUACGUUGUGGGAGGUCACACAGCUGCAACCGGCUGCCUUCCAGCCUCUCCAUCGGUAUCCCUCAAGCAGGUGGAGCAAUUCGACCCAGUGGCGAACAAGUGGACAAUGGUGGCUCCUUUGAGAGAGGGUGUGAGCAAUGCAGCGGUGGUCAGCGUCAAGCUCAAGCUCUUUGCCUUUGGAGGAACCAGCGUCACCCACGACAAGCUGCCCAAGGUGCAGUGCUACGAUCCACAGGAGAACCGAUGGUCUGUGCCCGCUUCCUGCCCGCAGCCUUGGCGCUACACAGCCGCUGCCGUGCUGGGAAACCAGAUAUUCGUCAUGGGUGGGGAUACAGAGUUCUCGGCAUGCUCGGCUUAUAAAUUCAGCAGUGACAGUUACCAGUGGACUAAAGUUGGCGACGUGACGGCCAAGCGCAUGAGCUGCCAGGCUGUGGCGUCGGGAAAUAAACUGUACGUGGUGGGGGGGUACUUUGGCACACAGCGGUGUAAAACUCUGGACUGCUAUGACCCCACACUGGAUGCUUGGAACAGCAUCACCACUGUGCCAUACUCACUCAUUCCCACUGCUUUCGUCAGCACCUGGAAGCAUCUGCCCGCUUGAGCCCCAAAACCCUCUUCCUACACCCUCUCAAUGAGAUUUCCCUGUUUUGCAUCAUCUACUGGACUCCAACUGUGAAGAAUCACACAUCAUCUUCCUCUAGAAGAGAAAAACUGAGCAGUGAUGUACAGACACCCGCAUUCAUCUUGAUGUUGCAGAAGAUGCAGAAACUGGACAAAAGCUGGACACUUUCACUGGAAUGAUGUCGUCCUUCAUUUCCGAGAAAGAAGCUGACGCAUACAGCAGAGUAGCUCGCAAACACACCAACCAAACUGCUGCUUGUUACAUGAGGCACAAAAAAGCACCUUGUGUACAUCAGGCUCGUGCUUUCAUGCUGCCAUACGCGGACUGCAAACCUAACACACAGCCUGCAUUUUUCCUAUUUAGUCAUGACAGGCUUGUGCGGAUCUGUAUUGAUGUUUUUCUCCAUGAUAAAAAAAGAAGAAAAAUAAUACUCUAUUCAUCGAGGCUGCAAUGUAUAGCAUGAUGGAUGUUCUACUUAGAUUGAGGGAUGGAGAUUGUAACGAUUGGUGUGCUGAGGAAAUGACUGAAUAUAGCUGAUUUAAAAAAAGGCACAAUGAAGGAGCAAUUGUCCCCCUUUCUCUCCUCUAAUAAGCUCUUUUCUUUGACCCCUUGUUUUUCCCUUCUUUUAAAAGGCGUAUCUUUGAACAGCUCUGACGCAGAAAAAAAAACCUUUAAGUGUUCCUCUCAUGAAGGCUUUGGCAGUUUGCUGUCCCUUGCAAGCCACGAGGUGUUGACGACCAACACCAGCUGAAGUUGAGGAGGACGAAGGGGAUCUGUUAGGAGGUGCUUGGGGUCAAGACCUUACAUGUUUGCUGUUUUGCAGCUAAGCAUUAACGCCCGCUGAGCGCCGGUUAACCAACCUACUGUACACAGAGGUGGUAUUCAUAAAGGAAACUGUCACAUUCAGCUGUACACUUAACGCAGCUUCUGUUAUUCUGAUAAAAAGCAGUUGCUCGCCUGCUGAGUCAUCGCUGAACCAUUCCUACAGCAUGUCCACUCAUAGUGAUUCAGUAAAAACUGGCAUGAACUCUUCUCUGUGGUCACAGAAAUCUUGUCACCUUAAACUGAACUGAGAAUGAAUCAGUUUCUUUUUUUUAAAACCUUGCUGCAAUGUAGUCUUAAUUUAUAUGACAAUGAUGAUUACUCUGUUAUGUUAAUAUGUUUAAUCCUAUUUAUUUCUUCUCUGCCUGCAUUCUUAUGUGAAUGUAUGUUCAGGUUGUGUCAUGCAUGGCCAGGUGUUGUGUUUUAUUUGAUCUCAGUCCGGCUGCAUUUUGCACAAUUCAGUCUUUACCAGGAGGAAUUUGUCUUUUAAAAAGUAAACAGAGUAUGGAAGAGGAAGAAUGGCUCGGAUUACUGAUGGUGUGAAGCGGUUUAGGCUGCUGCCCAAAUAGGAAGACUGAACAGGGUUGAAAUAUUAUCACUUUUACUUCUGAUAGAUUCUUUUUAAGCUCUCCAUUGGGUGCAAACCUGUCUUAAAUCGUGCCGUCGGGUGGUCCAAACUGUACCAACAAAACAAGAAACUAUAAAACCUGUAAAAAGUGCAGUAUGUGACCCUGACAUGGUUAAGAGUGUGACAUUCCUCCAGCUGUCUCAAGGACAACUGGAGGACUGUCACAUGUGUUGACUUAACUCCUCUGGUUUGUAAACCAACAGUCCUUUUCACCAUCCCGUUGAGAAAGAGUUGUAUCCAUUAAGCUGUGCAUUGAUAAGGGCAGACACCGCAGUGCUUUUCACCAUAGUGUCAAUAAUGCACAUUAAAAAAGAUGAAAAAAACAACAUUGCAAGUUCAUAAAGACCAAAGAGAGGAUGUCUUGAACACUUGCAUAUGUAACACUUGUAACUCAAAUCAGUGUUCUUUGUCUGUAUGUCUGUCUAUAACUGACCUGAACAUGGAUGUUUUGCAUUUGAAUAUUAAUGGGAUCAUUGAAUUCAAUGUAAGAGGUUAUGUUUUGGUGGAAUAUGUAUAUAUAUUUUUCAAACGACCUUCGUCUUGGAUUCAUGACAAUAAUCUAAUGUGUGGGUAAACAGCUCUAUAAAUUCCUGCUCUGCUCCUGAAGCCACCCAAAAGUUGUUUUCCUUUUAUUGGCAAUUUCAGGACCUCUUUGGAGACCCUCGGGGCUUCGUAAUGUUGACCUCCUCCAACCACUGAGCACAGGGUCUCUGGCCCCACCAAUCAAAGGAGCAUUGCUUUCCCAUAGAGCGCAAGUUUCCCUAGCAACAGCGAGCAAUGAAUGCCCCUCCAAUUUGCACCUAAUUGCCGAGUGGCACUUCCCAUUUCUACUCUUGCCCUCCGCUUAUCCUUGGAUUUAUCUGGAAAUCCAGCUGGCUCAGAUUGGAGCACAGUGUCCCACUUUGCAUAAUGAUGUUAAAUUAGACAGAACACACUGUCAAUGUGCAUCAGUUUCAUUUUCUUUGUCACGUAAGACUUUCAUUUUUGAUUUUUUAUGGCAUUAUUUUGUACAUGUGAUUCUUUUCACAAUGUGAAAUUCAUGGCUAAUAAACAUAAGAGUUUUUUCCUCUUGACUGUAAA